AUUUUGAAUUCAGUCGGUCGCAGGACCUCCGGGUUGUCGGACGUGGCUCUCGGAGCAAAACCGUUUAUUUUUUAAACAAUUAAAUAUUAUUUUUUAGUUCCUCCUUUAUUCCUUUUAUCAUCCUGAAGAUGGCAGGAGGGUUGUCUGGUCACAUUUUUUAGAGAACCUUCCCCUACCCCCCUCCACAAUGGGCGCAGCGUCGGACGGCACCGCGUGGCUGCGCGGCAAGGUGGCCGCCAUGCGCGAGAGCCGCAAGCUGGUGCUGGUCAUCGUCGCCAUCGCGCUGCUGCUCGACAACAUGCUGCUCACUACUGUCGUCCCGAUAAUCCCGGAGUUCCUGUACGACAUCCGGCACCCGGACGCGCCGCUCUCCCAGUCGCUGGAGGACCUGACCACCCCCGCGCCGCUCCCCACCCCCUACUGCCCCUGCCUCGAGAAGAACCAGACGGAUGUACUGGAGAAUGCCACUAGAGCCCACCUGAACCUGUCGGUGGAGCGAGAGGAGCGGCACCAGGAGCUCAUCCACGAGACAGUGGAGGUGGGCGUGAUGUUCGCCAGCAAGGCGCUGGUGCAGCUGCUGGCCAACCCCUUCGUCGGACCUCUCACUCAUAAGAUCGGCUACAGUGUACCAAUGUUCACCGGCUUCAUACUGAUGUUCCUGUCUACUUUGAUCUUCGCGUUCGGUCGCUCGUACAGCGUGUUGUUCAUCGCGCGCGCGCUGCAGGGCAUCGGCUCCUCCUGCUCCUCCGUGUCCGGGAUGGGCAUGCUGGCUGAACGGUACCCGGAUGAUAAGGAGCGCGGAAACGCCAUGGGCAUAGCUCUGGGCGGGCUGGCGCUGGGCGUGCUGAUCGGGCCGCCCUUCGGAGGAUUGAUGUACGAGUUCGUGGGCAAGACCGCGCCCUUCCUCAUGCUGUCCGCCCUGGCGCUGGCUGACGGAUUGCUGCAGCUGAUGAUCCUGCAGCCGGGCGUGGUGCGGCAGGACACGGACCCGCCCUCGCUGAAGGAGCUCGUGUGCGACCCCUACAUCAUCGUGGCUGCUGGUGCAAUAACCUUCGCGAACGUGGGCAUAGCGAUGCUGGAGCCGAGCCUCCCGAUCUGGAUGGUGGACACCAUGCAAUCCAGUCGCUGGCAGCAAGGAGUCGCCUUCCUGCCCGCCAGUAUCUGCUAUCUUAUUGGCACUAACCUGUUUGGACCGCUCGGACACAAGAUGGGACGCUGGCUUGCCGCUCUUUCUGGACUGCUGAUUAUUGGAGUGUGUCUGAUUCUGAUCCCGAUGGCUCGUAAGAUGGAGCACCUGAUCAUCCCGAACGCCGGUCUCGGGUUCGCCAUCGGCAUGGUGGACUCGUCCAUGAUGCCGGAGCUCGGCUUCCUCGUGGACAUCCGCCACGCCGCCGUCUACGGCUCUGUUUACGCUAUCGGAGAUACUGCCUUCUGUCUCGGCUAUGCUAUUGGCCCGGCGUUCUCCGGCUGGCUGGUGAACAGCAUCGGCUUCGAGUGGAUGCUGGUCAUCAUCGCCUUCCUCAACUUCUCCUACGCGCCGUUCCUGCUCAUCCUCAGGUCUCCGCCGGCUCGGGACGAGAAACAGAGUCUCAUAAUAAGUGACAAAUCAUCAGUGCGCUACGUGAGUUAUCAGAACGAAGAAGAAGAAUAGCCAAUGAUCCUAAACCGCCAUUUUGUCUUUGUACCUUAAGUUUUUUUGAUAUAUUAUUAUAUUAUAUUUGACCAGGGAGUGAUAGCGAAAUAUUUUUCAGAAUCAACCUUAACUUACAGAGAUUUCAAAUAUCAGUAUUAUUAGAAGUUAAGAAAGGCGUCUUAGGAGUGCUAUAUUUACGCCAUAAAUAUACCUAUACUAAAAAUAUGAUAUUAUGUAUGUACCUAUAUAUUUCCUAAUAUCAAACAACUGUAUAGGAUAUGUGACCAAAAUAUUAUAUUGCCCAAAGAAUAUAUAAAAACUAUGAAUAUACUCUUUUCUAUAUACAAUACAUUCUUGCUAUGUACAAAAGCUAUAUGUACAUUCUUGUAUACUUACGUAGUUUCUUCAAAAUAUACACUGUAUUUACUCACUUUCCCGUUAACUCAGGGUGUCCUUAUGUAGAAAAAUAUACUUACGUAUGUGUAUGUAAUACAUAACAUAUCUUUGUAGGUACAUUAAUUUAAAAAAAACAUUAUAAUUUUCUUAUAAACUUAUAACGUGCUUGUGGAACUUUACUGUCCUUAUAAUCAAAAAAAAUUAUUCAACGUGGUAUUGUUUGUUCUGUUUCUUCGAAUAAUAACGUCUAAUUUUGCAUACGUGACGUAGACAAUAUUUUUGAAAACUUUGGUAUUUAUAUACAAUGUAUACAAAUAUGUAAUUAGACAAUAAAAGUAAAAGCUUUUGAAUUUAUUACUUUUUUGAUACAGAAAUCUUUAUUUCAGUAUAUAUAAAUUAGACAAUAACAACAACAAAAAAACAUUGUUUUGACAAUAAUCUCAAUUGGGAAUCACACGUUAAAUGCAAGCACUUUUUGACAAUUUUUUUGUAAAUAAUAUUUUAUUUGAAUAUUUGAAGGGUAUGUUAGGACCAAAGGAGAGUAGUAUUAAUAAUUUCAUAUACUUUUAGGUAAAGAGUAAAAGUAUCUAUUUUUUGAAAAAAAACAUAAAUAACAUAUUUUUUGUUGUUUUUAGUAACCAAUUUUAAUGAAAAGUAUAU